AUGUCUGAGAAAUUAGAACACGAAAAGGCCUCUGAUAUCGUCGCCUACGAGGAGACUGAUAUCCAUGAGGAAGAGCAUAACAGACCUGAGCCUACCGAGCAAGAUUGGAAGGAUUUGCAUCAAGUUGCUGAUGAGCUCCCCUUUUCUGCUUUCCUUAUUCUCAUCAUUGAAUUCUGUGAACGUUUCACCUAUUACGGUCUUUCUGGUCCCUUCCAGAAUUAUAUCCAAAACCCUGCUCCUCCUAGUUAUCCCGCUGAACAAGCUGGUGCUAUGGGUAAGGGCCAGCAAACUGCCACUGCCUUGACUACCUUCUUCCAAUUCUGGUGUUAUAUUACUCCCAUUAUUGGUGCCAUCAUUGCUGAUCAAUACCUUGGUAAAUACCGUGCCAUUCUCCUUUUUGCCUGUAUCUACUUUCUCGGUUUGGUCAUCUUGACUGCCACCGCUUCUCCCAUGGGUAUCGAAAACGGCGCUGCCUUCCCUGGUUUCAUUGUCUCUAUUAUUAUCAUUGGCCUCGGUACUGGUGGUAUCAAGUCUAACGUCGCUCCUCUCAUUGCUGAACAAUACCAAUCAAAGGCACCUUACAUCAAGACUCUUAAGAAUGGUGAGCGUGUUAUCGUCACUCCUCAAGCUACAUAUCAAAGAAUCUUCACCAUGUUCUACUGGUUGAUUAAUAUCGGUUCUCUUUCUUCGAUCGCUACUACUGAAUUGGAAAAGAACGUUGGUUUCUGGCCUGCUUACCUCUUGCCUACUCUCAUGUUCAUUCCUGGUAUCGCUGUCAUCUACUUUGGUCGUAAACGUUAUGUCCAAACUCCUCCUCGUGGCUCUAUUUUCCUCGAAGCCGGUAGACUUAUCAAGUAUCGUCUUUUCACCGUCAGAGGCUCUUUGGAUGCCUGCAAGCCCUCCAACCUCGCUGUCUCUCACCCUGAACUCAUUGAGAAGGCUACUUGGGACGAUAUCUUUGUUGAUGAAUUCAAGCGUGCCCUCAGAGCUUGUACCGUCUUCUGCUGGUAUCCCAUUUACUGGCUUUGUUACAGUCAAAUCUCCAACAAUCUCAUUUCUCAAGCUGGUACCAUGUGGACCGGUAAUGUCCCUAACGAUAUUAUGCAAAACAUUGAUCCCAUCACCUUGGUUAUCACUCUUCCCAUCAUGGAUCGUAUCGUCUACCCUACUCUUCGUCGUUAUGGUAUCAACUUGGGUCCCAUCUUCCGUAUCUCUCUCGGUUUCUUCUUCGCUGCCGUUGGUAUGGCUUAUACUGCUGGUAUCCAAUCCAUGAUCUAUGCCAACACCUCUGAAUAUCCCAUCUCUGCCGGUUACCAAAUCCCCUCAUAUGUCUUUGUUGCCUUCUCUGAGGUCUUUGCCUCCGUUGUCGGUAACGAAUACGCUUACAAGAAGGCUCCUCAAUCUAUGAAGUCUAUUGUCAUGGCUCUUUUCUUGUUAACCAACUGUUUCGCUUCUAUCCUCGGUUUCGCUUUGGUUUCCGUUGCCGUUGACCCCAAGUUGACUUGGAUGUACACUGGUAUUGGUUGUGCUAGUUUCGUCUGUUCCAUCUUGAUCUACAUUAUCCAUCACAAGAAUGAUGCCACUGAUAUUGAAGAUGACGCUAUUGGUCGUUCUGGCGAUGCUCUUAAGCAGUACGAUAACAAGAACAAGAAGACCAACGAGGUUGAAUACGAACUUGAGAAGAACUAA